AUGGGGAGAAUUAAGAAGGUGGCUAGCCAAAAGCAUGAGGCUACUAUUUCACCUUUCUUGGGCGAAUUCAUCGGCCGUGCGACUAGUCUCCCCGUUGCAGAGCUUCCUUCGCACCUAAACACGUUCCCUCGGCUAUGGCCUUUCCCUCGCGGCGAUCUAUACCACUGGAUCAAUGUCUUGGAUCGCUUCGAUGAGAUUCUGGCCUCCGUAAUCGAGAAAUACUUCCUCAACAUCGGCCCUCAAACACAAUCAUUCGGUCGAAGCGUUUUGGAAGAAUCAUAUGCGGCUGCGACUGACCCGGCCAAGACUCCGGCAGAAGGCAUCGAUGCCAAGUUGAAUACUUUGGGAUAUGGGCCCGAUGGAGACCGACAAUUGGUGGAGGCGAUUCUAGACUUCUCGCGUCUGCUCCUUGAGAAGUGCGGUAAUCGCAGCCUGUACAGCAGCAGUGAACGUCUGGGCGACCUUUUGAACACUACAUCCCUGUCCCUCCUCCAAGCGACCCUACGCCUGUCCCUUUGCCUGGCCCAGAGAUAUCACUCUCGCCAACGCGGAUCCCACCAACAGACUUUGUUGGCAAACCAUUACAACAUCGACCUGGAGAAACUUCAUAAGAUUGCUGCAGUAUUCCCGCGCCCAUUUGUUGUGAGCAAAACGCCAUUUGCUGCUACCCCUACUGCUUCGGGCAAGGGCACAGACAAUGCCGUCCAAACCAAGCUCAAUGCUAAUGAAUUCGCCUCGAUCGUUCGUGAUGAUGAUGGCUGGGAAGAAUGGGGUAGCGUUCGUGUUCUCUACUAUCCUUCUGGCUCCUCUGAGCAGACUCGGACAACCUCCGAAUUUGGACAGGCAGACACCACCCCUCACGCGCCAACCACACCGACCCCUCUCCGGCGUAGUGCCACACAUCCUGCACCGCGAUCAAGCCGUGCAUCUAACGUGGAAGAAUCUCCUACAGUCGCGCCGAAUACUGUGGGGAAACUGGAUGAGCCAUCUCGCAGCGGGAAAGUUCUAGAGCUGCCGUUCCAGAAGGUUUCCUCAGCCAAGGCCGAGGAUCUCCUUGCCACAUACCUCCCGAAUCUGCCCCUGGAGUCGAAGUAUGAGCUGCUACAUAAGGUUCGUGUCGCGCAGGCUUUGACCGAGUCGCGUGCCACUCGUGAACAGAUCCUCGCUAUUCGGAUCCUGGCCGUGACGAACCUCGCCUACGUCAAUACAGAAUCCACAUUCCAACAAAAGGUCCUCCAAUAUGACAUGGAAGAAUCAAAGCGUCUUCAAUUGACCUACCAGUUGGCUGAACUCGUACAUCUAGGCGCUAGUGGUGACUUAGAAGUAUCGAGAACGUUGCAGGCCUUGGCUCUUCAAGCCCUCGAUGCGCUCGCCAAACACAAAGCCCGCGCCAAUGACGUCUGUGCUGCUCUGAGUGUUAACGUCAAUCACGGCGUCUUGAUGUUCCUGACCCGCAAAGUUGUCAAUGAACUUGGUGCCGAGGAGGAUGAAACGAAUGAUCCUUGCUGUGAUGAAUGGAGGGAUGCUCUCCUUGCUCUUUUGCGCACCCUUCCGAGCUCUAGCUCCCGGACUCCGGAGACGCUCGUCGCCGCCGGUCUCAUCCCCAUGUUCGUGGAUAUUCUUAACCUUCGAACAGAGAAAGCUCGGCGGGUUUACUCGCGGGUCAUGGAGUUCCUUGACACUUUUGUUCACGCCGUUCGUGAUGCAUUGGCUACUUUGACUACGGCCAAGGGCUUUGAUGCUAUCUCUGAUCUGAUCGACUACGAGACCAAGACUGCAUUUGAGAAGGUCUCUCGUGGAGAUGGAUUCCCUGCCAAGUACAAGAACCCGUCGAUCGAUUACCAGAUCCCCUACUUCCAACAGCAGACGUUGCGAUGGAUGUUCCGUUUUGUCAACCACAUCAUGCAGCACAAUGGCGGUGGCUUUGACCGUGUGCUGCGAAAUCUUAUCGACUCCCCUCAGCUGCUGACGUCUUUGCGGCUUGUCUUUGAGAAUGCGCGCAUCUUCGGCUCGCACGUCUGGAGCAACGCUGUGAACAUUUUGAGCAGCUUCAUUCACAAUGAGCCAACGAGCUAUGCCGUCAUCGCUGAAGCUGGUCUCAGUCGAAGUCUGCUGGCCGCUGUCAUGGGUCGAGAGCUUCAAGCCAAAGAGAAACCGCCUGCUGUGGAACCUCAGGAUGCUGAACCCCAGGAAGGCGAGUCCUCUGCUCAAUUGCCUGCCCCAGUGUCUCCUCUGUCUGCUCGUCCCGUAGAGGAAAAGAAGGAUCGCGAAUAUAUUCUUGCCAGGCCCAAGGAUUCCACUCUCGCGCCAGGAAUCAUCGCAGCCGCCGAUGCCCUUGCCUGUAUUCCCUCGGCAUUCGGCGCUAUUUGUUUGAACUCAUCGGGCUUGGAUCUCUUCCAGUCAUCUGAUGCUCUCGAGAGCUUCUUUGAAAUUUUCGAGAACCCCGAGCAUGUCAAGUGCUUGAAAGACGAUCCCAACUUGGUUCGUUCUCUUGGCACAACCUUUGAUGAACUUGUUCGUCAUCACCCAGCCUUGAAGACCUCUAUCAUGACUGCCGUUCUUGUAAUGGCUGCUCGCGUCAACCUCCUUGCCAGGGUCAAGGCCUGGGAGUUGGGAAUGGGUACGAAACUCUGGCAAGAGAACUCCGAUGGUCAAGUGGUUCUCUCAGGAGAUGUCUCUUCUCUUUUCCGUGAGAUUGGCGCUCCCAGCGAUGCGUCGAUAGAAGAUCCGACAGUUGUUGGCGCUCCCAAGCUAAAUGCUCAUUCUCUUCCCAACGGUGGAAAGCUUAUCCUUGGUGAUGUCGACCAGCUGCUUCCGUCGCCGCAGGCUGACUUCGAGCCGAAAGAUAAGGAUGAGCAUGGUCUCACCGUCACAGACUAUCUCUUCCCCGCUAUUCGAUUCUUGGGUGCCUUCUUCGAGAACCAGCCGAAUUGCUCUGCUUUCAUUUUGGCUGGUGGAGCGGAAUUCAUCCUGGACUAUGCUACGCUUCAAAGCUUGUCAUUUGAUUUCCACAACACGGACGCUAAUCAAGAGCUUACAGUCCUGGUGCAUAUGCUUGCUGAGACGAAACCACACCUGAUUAUACCUUCUCUCAUGCAACGUGCUCAGUCAGCAGUCAACAACCUCGAGGCCUUUUGGACCGCACCCAAAGAGUCUGGAUUCUUUACACCGCUGAUCACGCCCGCUGACUCGAAAGCGCCAGCACCAGAGCCCACCCCAGCUGUCAAUCAGGGCACCUUCUACGUCAAGCACAUGAAUGCUGUCCUCGUGCUCACAGAUCUACUUCGCGAGAUCUAUGCGAUGCCUUUGUACCAAACUCGGUCGGCGACCCAAAGCUAUCCUUUCAGUCAGGUUGUUCUUGCAGACAAGUAUGCCGCCCUAGUUGCUUCUCUCGGCAAUCUUCAUGCAGCUUGCGUGUGGGAAGAGAUCAUGCUCGAGAAGAACAUUCCCGAGAAAUGGUUGCAAGCUAUCAAAAAUACGACAGAGAAGUCUGGCUCCAAUUCCACGGCCGCGACUACCCAGGCCACCUCGUCAGAGACCCCUGCUACGACUGGGCCCCAGGCCGAAGGCUCGGAUGCAGCCGCCGCUUCGAAGGUGCCAGCCGCAGAAGCGCCUGAAAGCGAGGAGAGCAAGGCGGCGACAGAGCGCAGUGCUGCCUUCAAGAAUGUCCAAACCCUACGUUAUCUAUUGAGCUCCCUGCCAACUUCAAUUACCGGCUUCUUCCACAACCUUGGACUUGGUCUCAUUACUCGAAAGAGGAUGGAGAACAACCAAACCGCGAGGCAAAACUCCAAUAUGGUAGCCGAUGCUAUCGCUGACGCUGUGCUUCGCGAGCUCCAAUUUGGUCCUGCCAAUUCAUGUGACAGCUCAAAGCAUCGUUUUGCUUACCUCAUUGUCAUUCUGUCCUCAUUCUCGCAUCUUCUCUAUGAAGUCACCCACGACCGUCCCUCAAACAACUAUCUCACCCUCGUUCUCCUUGCAUUCAAGCGGAACAAUGGACUGAAAGUCUUGAAGGACAUUUGUGAUGUCUUCAUGCGUGAAGUCAAGGCUCUCGAGCCAAUCCAAAACGACCCCGAAAAGGCUGGGAAAGAAUUGACCGAUCGGCUCACGUCUGCCUACGGUGGAAUCAAGAUCAUCCUUGCGCUUUUCUCUGAACUCGCUGCCGGAAAGAGCAUAAUGGAGUCCAACCAGACACAGGCCCUCUCAAGCCACCAUGAUCGUGACCGUGAUCGCCAUGAUUACUUCCAGGCUGGCCAAUUCAUCGUGGAUCUUCGCAUGGAAAUUCUUCCCAUGGCCCAGGACAUGUGGAACUCAGAAUUCGCGACUCAGUCUUCAAGCCAGAUUGUCAAAUGCUUGGUUGAUAUCCUUCGAUCAUCCCUGGACGGAGAACAUGAGCAAGGUGCCGCACACAAGUCGGAUGUUGCUCCUGCUGUCACAGAACCUGUCAAGAAGCCCUUCACGAUCAACAAGGACAGGCUAGCGAUCCUAACCGGAAAGGGCUUCGAAGACUCUGAGCUGAUCCACGAGGCCUUGUACCGCUGCAACAACAAUGCCAACUACGCAGAGGAAUACUGCAACGCCCGCAACUUCCUCCGAGCCCCUCCCAGAGCCCCUCCUAGUCCCGGUGAUGUUCAGACUGGACCGCCCGAGGCUGCCUCUGGCAACGAGGGUCCUGAAGAUGGCGCUCUCGGGGACGUUACGCCUCUCGAUCGUGGUCUCUUGGAGCAAGGUGGUCUUGCCAUGAUCUUGGCUCAGGCUGGACGUCCUGUGCACGACUCCAUGAAUGAUGACGAUGACUCUAAUGUCAUGCGUGAUGGCCUAGCUCGUGCAAUUUCCAACGUUCUGAAUGACGAAGAGGGUAUGCUUCGAGGAGAAGAUGGGCCACUGUUCCUCACGGAGCGUGAGCGUGAGCGUCAGCGCCGUCGAACCCAGGCAACCGCCGACUCCACCGACCAGCAGAGAGCCAACCAAUCCCAGAGAGGAGAGCAGAGAGAAGAGCCCGUCGAACGGCGCCAGCUGGUUACCGUCGAAGACCUGAAUGAGGAGAGAGAAAAGGUCCGAGCCAAUCUUAUUGAGCGAUCCCUGGAUGUUUUGAAUGAGCACCAUGACGUCUCUUUCGAGCUUGCCGACUUGAUUAACUCUGCCAUCAAGAAUCAUCCUGAGCCCGACAGCUUCCGUCGAGAUAUCGGCGAGACUCUUGUUCAGUCACUCGUUUCUCUGCAGAUGGAGAAUUUCCAGACCGCUGGCAAAAAGGUCGCUGCCUAUGCGCACAUUCUUGCCCUCGUACUCCAGGAUUCGAAGAUGUACACAGCCACUCUUGAAGAGCUGAAGGAUUGCUUCUCGACAUUCCUCAGCUUCAUCAAGCUUCCCACCCCCGAGAAGGCCGCCGCUGAAUCUUUUCCGUGGAUCGGGCAUGUCUUGCUCAUUCUGGAGAAGUUGCUAUCUGAUGAUUGUCAACCGCCGCAAAUCACAUGGUCUCCGCCCAGCCUUGAUGAUCCCAACGGCGGCAGUUCGGGACCUGCUCAUCUCGCAGAGCCCCUUGUCUCUCUUGAGCAGAAGACCCAGUUGUUUGAGGCCUUGGUAGAAAUUCUUCCUCGCAUUGGCAAGGAUGACAGUCUCGCGCUUUCUGUCUGCCGAAUUUUGGUCAUUCUCACUCGCCAACGCAGCAUCGCCGUCCGUUUCGCGCCCAAGAGAAACUUGCAGCGUCUCUUCCUCAUGGUCAAGCAAUUGGCUAACGCAACCAACGACAAGCUUCAGAGUGCCUUCAUGUUGAUCCUACGACACAUCGUCGAGGAUGAAGCUACGAUCCGACAGAUCAUGACCUCGGAGAUUGUAGGAAAUUUCGAGAGCAAGCCCUCUCGCCAGAUUGACGCUGCUGGCUAUGUGCGACAGAUGUAUCAUCUUGUCCUCAGGAACCCCGAAAUCUUUGUCGAAGUUUCCAACGAGAAGCUGCGUUUGGUACGGUACGACGCUAGCCAUCGCACACAAGCCCUCGCAUUGAAGGAAGACCGGAGCGCCCGCCAACGCCAGGACAAGGAGGACAAGACCAACGAGGCAUCCGCUGCCGAAGCGUCGUCGACCGCAGAGGACAAGGAGAAGGAGAAGGCUGCCGAGAUGAAGCCUCCCGUUGUGGAAAACCCAGAUGGUGUUAUUCACUAUUUGCUCUCUGAACUCUUGUCUUACAAGGACGUGGAUGACAAGGAGCCUCCAACGGCCGAAGCUGAACAAGCUGCUCAAGAUCAGAAUGAAGCUCCAACUGAUGUUGAGAUGUCCAUGGACGAGCCCACUCCUUCGGUGACCAGCAGUGCCGAUGCCCAGACGAGUCGUGCUGCCCCUAAGAAAGGUGAGAAGCCGUCAUUCGAGGCCGAGCAUCACCCGAUUUACAUUUACCGCUGCUUCCUCCUUCAAUGCUUGACCGAGCUCCUCGGCUCCUAUACCCGCACUAAGGUCGAGUUUAUCAACUUCUCGCGCAAAGCCGAUCCGCUCGCUAGCACUCCCUCCAAGCCUCGAUCAGGCAUUCUCAACUACAUGUUGAACGCGUUGGUUCCUAUCGGUACCAUGGAGCAUGAUGAGUCCUUGGCUUUUAAGAAGCGCAGCAUCACUUCUACCUGGACCAUGCAGGCCCUCGUGGCCCUUUGCACCAAAACGUAUGAAUUGCCUGGUUCCAGACGCCGCAAUGAACCGAAACCAACGGAAGAUGAUGAGCCCGAGGUGGCCUUUGUUCGCCGCUUUGUCCUGGAGCAUGCCCUCCGUUCCUUCAAAGAAGCUAAUGCAUCGACGGAGCCCCUGGAUGUCAAGUAUUCUAAGCUAAUGUCCUUGGCCGACCUCUUCGAUAAGAUGCUUAGUGGGUAUUCCUUCUCUCAGGAUGCGGGCUUCCCCAACUCAGCAAGACAAAUUGCCAAAGCCAUGUUCGAGAAACAUUUCAUUCCUGCGUUGACCGCCUCAGUGGCUGAGAUUGACUUGAACUUCCCUUCAUCUAAGCGGGUUAUUAAGUAUAUCCUGCGCCCAAUCAACAAGCUUACGCAAACUGCCGUGAUGCUGAGUGAUAACGGGGAGAUCUCCACGGCCAGCUCUGGUGAAACCGAAGAUGAUGAAAUCUCAUCCGCCACUUCCGUCUCGGACAUGGAAGACGAGCGAGAGGAAACUCCCGAUCUCUUCCGCCAUUCCACUCUUGGCAUGCUGGAGCCUCGCCACGAGGAAGAGACCAGUUCCGAGGAAUCCGAGGGUGAAGACGAUGAAAUGUUGUACGACGACGAAUAUGACGAUGAGAUGGACUACGAUGAGGAUGUCCCUGAGGAUGACGGUGAAGUCGUCAGCGACGAGGAAGACGACGUGGACGGCAUGGGCCCAAUCGAAGGUCUCCCCGGUGAUGCAGUCGAAGUCAUCAUCGAUGAUGAGGACGAUGAGGACGACGACGACGAGGACGAUGACGACGAUGACCUCGACGACCACUCAGACAUGGAUGAAGAUGAUGAUGACAUCUAUGCUGGCGAAAUCACAGGCGAUCGUGACAACGAGAGCCUCGACGACGGGGAAGAUGAUGAGUGGGAGAGCGACGAAAUCACCGAAGAUGAAGAAGAGGCCGAGAUGAUGAAUCAGUUCCAAGAUGAGCUGGCUGACAUGCGUCAAGCCAAUCGCUCCGGCGAUGCCCAUAAUCGCAUUGACGAGCUUUUCCGGGCCCUUAACCAAGCUACCGGUGACGAUGACUUGCACGACCAUGGUCUGGGAGGCGAUAUCCACGAUGAAAUUCUUGAUGACUUGAACGAAGAUGGUGAAGAGGACGAGAUGGACGAGCUUGAGGAGGAAGCUGAUGAUUAUGAUGAGUACGACAUGGAUCAAGGGUCCGAAGGGGACAUGGAAGAUGACGACCUUCUUGAGCCAUGGGGCUGGGAGGGCGACGAGGGCCCGCCACCUCGACACCAUCACCACCGCAUGCGUGGUGGGCCACCUUCCGCCUGGGCUGCUGUUACUGAAAUCAUGCCUGGUCGUCAUGGGGGCCUUGUUCCGAUCCAGCCAUUCCAUCGGGUUCACAGAAACCAAGUGCCAUCUCGCGGUAACGACGAUGGAACCAACCCUCUACUUGUCCGAAACGAUCGUGGUACCGAUCCUAAUGCUCAUAUUCGGGUGCCCGGUACUGAUAUGUUUGCUGACUGGGCUCAACUAGAGAGCGGCGGUAAUCGUUUCGUUCAAUUGGACAGCCCUAUGAGCUUCAUGAACGCUAUCAUGGCUGCCAUUGGUGGAGGACCACAAGCCCCUGGAUUGGGUGUCGUCACUCGCCCAGAUGGUAUCCACGUUCAUGUAGACCGACGAACAAUCCUUCCUAACCGUCUCAACGACUUGUUCGCCGGCACCCAGCAACAGACGUCGCAAUCUCGCCGCAAUGAUCCCCAUAAUGCGGUCAAGUUCAAUCUGUCGACGACUAGAAACCGUUGGCAGGAAGAGGCUCGCAUUCUUUUCAGUGGCACCUAUUCAGAGAAGUGCUUGCGUGUGAUCAACUCGUUGCUGAAGGUCAUGGUCCCUCCUGCCAUUGAGGAGGAGAAACUACGCAAGAAGCAGCUGGAAGAAGACAGGAAGCGUGCUGAUCAGGAACGGGCCGAGAAAGAACGCAAGGAAAAGGCUGCCCGUGAAGAAGAAGAGCGCGAGCGCAAGCGCAAGGAAGAAGAGGAAAAUGCCCGCCGCCAGGCCGAGAGAGAACAGCAGGAAGCGGAGCGCCAAACUGCUGGGGUUGCUGAGCCCAUGGAAGAUAUCCAGCAAACCGAUAGUGCAGCUGAAGCUGCCAGCGCAGCCCAGCCAGAAGCUGCCCCUGCUGAGCCAGCUCAACGUGUUCACACGACCAUUCGGGGUCGUCAGCUUGAUAUUACUGGCCUUGAGAUCGACCCAGAGUACCUGGAGGCACUCCCUGAGGAGCUCCGGGAAGAAGUGAUCAUGCAGCAACUUGCUGAACAGCGAUCUCAAGCUGCUGCUGCUGGCGAGGAGCCCACUGAGAUCAACCAGGAGUUCCUGGAGGCCCUGCCCGCAGAGAUCCGUGAAGAAUUGCUGCAACAAGAAGCGGCCGAUCGACGCCGACGGGAACGUGAAACUGCUCGCCGGCAGGCCAAUACUGGCAGUGCCCCGCCACGCGCCGAGGACAUGGAUGCUGCUAGCUUCCUUGCCACCCUUGACCCCUCGUUGCGCCAAGCUGUUCUGGCGGACCAGCCCGAGGAUGUACUUGCAACCUUAGGUCCGGAGUACCUGUCUGAAGCUCGGGCCCUAGGUGGCCGCCGUAUUGCCCAAUUCGGCGACAUUACUGCAGCCGGAAUGGACCACCGCCCUAGAGGCGAGGCUGCUGGAGACCUGGAGGGUAAGAAAAACCAGAGACGUCCAGUGGUUCAAAUGCUAGACAAGGCCGGCGUCGCAACGCUACUUCGCCUGAUGUUCAUGCCUCUUCAGGGUAACGCACGUCAUUUGUUGAACGAUAUUCUUCACAAUGUUUGUGAGAACCGACAGAAUAGAAGUGAGGUUAUCAGCCUGAUUCUGUCCGUCUUGCAAGAUGGCAGUGUUGAUUCCUCCGCCAUCGAGCGAAGUUUCUCGCACCUCUCUCUCCGCGCGAAGGCUCCUGGUGCUCAGAAGACUCCCCAGUCCGUCAAGCGUAACAUUGCUCUGCAACCGUCUUCUAGUAUCAGCAGCGAGGUUACUCCGAUCAUGGUGGUGCAGCAAUGCUUGGCAACGCUCUCUUUCCUCUCCCAGUUCAAUCCCCACAUCCCCUGGUUCUUCCUGACUGAACAUGAUUCCGCUUCGUCCCUCAAGCUAAAGGCCCUCCGCAAGGGCAAGGGCAAGGAUAAUCGUUCCAACAAGUUCGCACUAAAUGCUUUGCUUUCUCUCCUGGAUCGCAAGUUGAUCAUGGACAGCCCGAACUGUAUGGAACAGCUGUCCAAUCUCCUGAGCACCAUCACCCAGCCGCUCACUGUUCUCCUCCGUCGCGAGAAGGACAAGCAAGAUGAACAAGAGAAGGGCAAGAAGCCUGAGGGUGCGCCAGCUGAGGCGGCUGAACAACAACCUACUGAAACUAAUGAAUCCGGUGCGGAUACUGCCAUGACCGACGCUCCUCUGCCAACCGUUGAGAAUGCCGAGGAUCAAGGCACCACUGCUGAAGGCGAAGCGGCCAAGGAUGACAAGAAGACUGGUGAUGAGCAGCCUACUGAAGAGAAGCGCAAGCGCCGAUCCAUUGAGCCUCCAGUCAUUCCCGACCACAACUUCCGAUCAGUUGUGCACAUUCUUGCUGCUCGUGAAUGCAAUGGAAAGACUUUCCGUGACACCCUGUCCACCAUCAACAACUUGUCAAUUAUCCCUGGAGCCCGUGACGUUAUUGGCGAAGAGCUUGUUGCUCAAGCGCAGACACUCAGCGAUACCAUACUGGCUGAUCUUGGAGAGCUUCUUCCCCAUAUUCACCAGGCCAAGACUGGUACCGAUAUGCAAGGUCUGGCUCUGGCCAAGUUCUCCCCCGCCAGCUCUGAUCAGGCCAAGCUACUUCGGAUUCUCACAGCCCUUGACUAUCUCUUCGAUCCUGCCCGCAUCGACAAGUCCAAGGCCCCAGAACCCGAAUCUGCGCCCAAGGAGGAUGUGCUCAAGAGACUCUAUGAGAGUGCCACUUUCGGUCCCCUGUGGACCAAAUUGAGCGAUUGCUUGACACUCAUUCGCCAGAAGGAGAACAUGCUGAACGUGGCCACUAUUCUUCUGCCAUUGAUUGAAGCAUUAAUGGUUGUGUGCAAGAACACUACUCUCAAGGAUCAGCCGCUCUCUCGUGGUAGUCGCGAGCUCUCUGUCAACAGUGCAUCGGCCGACGCUGGCCUAAGCAUGGAGAAUCUCUUCUUCAAGUUCACCGAAGAGCACCGCAAGAUUCUCAAUGAGCUCGUCCGUCAGAACCCUAGGCUGAUGAGUGGUACUUUCUCCCUGCUUGUGAAGAAUCCCAAGGUCCUGGAGUUUGACAACAAACGGAACUACUUCACACGUCGUGUACACUCUCGUGGAGCAGAGCCUCGCCACACCCAUGCUCCUCUUCAACUCUCCGUUCGCCGUGAUCAGGUUUUCCUUGACUCGUUCAAGUCCCUGUACUUCAAGAGUGCAGAUGAGCUCAAGUAUGGCAAGCUGAACGUACGUUUCCAUGGAGAAGAAGGUGUGGACGCCGGCGGUGUGACCCGUGAAUGGUUCCAGGUCCUCGCUCGUGGCAUGUUCAACCCCAACUACGCACUCUUCAUCCCCGUUGCUGCCGAUCGGACCACAUUCCACCCCAACCGUCUCAGUGGUGUCAAUUCCGAGCAUUUGAUGUUCUUCAAAUUCAUUGGACGGAUCAUCGGCAAGGCCUUGUACGAGGGCCGCGUCUUGGACUGCCACUUCUCUCGUGCUGUCUACAAAUGCAUUCUUGGACGCACCGUGUCUAUCAAGGACAUGGAGACUCUUGACCUGGACUACUAUAAGUCCCUGCUUUGGAUGCUGGAAAAUGACAUUACCGAUAUCAUCACCGAGAACUUUGCCAUCGAGACCGAUGCCUUUGGCGAGAAGCAGGUGAUCGACCUGAUUCCCGAUGGUCGAAACAUCCCAGUCACCCAAGAGAACAAGGAGGAGUACAUCCAACGCGUUGUCGAGUACCGCCUGGUGGAGUCUGUGCGGGAGCAGCUUGACAAUUUCUUGAAGGGUUUCCAUGAGAUUAUUCCUCCAGACUUGAUUUCCAUUUUCAACGAGCAGGAACUCGAGCUCCUGAUCUCGGGUCUGCCCGACAUUGACGUGGACGAGUGGAAGAACAAUACCGAGUACCACAAUUAUUCCGCCUCCUCACCGCAGAUCCAAUGGUUCUGGCGUGCUGUCCGCUCCUUUGACAAGGAAGAGCGAGCCAAGCUGCUUCAGUUCGUCACGGGUACCUCCAAGGUCCCUCUCAACGGCUUCAAGGAGCUUGAGGGCAUGAACGGUGUGAGCAAGUUCAACAUCCACCGCGACUAUGGCAACAAAGAUCGCCUUCCCAGCGCACACACAUGCUUUAACCAGCUUGAUCUUCCUGAAUAUGAAAGCUAUGAAGACCUCCGCCAGCGCCUCUACACCGGAAUCAUGGCUGGUGGCGAGUACUUCGGUUUCGCAUAG